UAAAUAAAAUUCAUACAGAAUACAAUUUUUUAGCAAAUAUAUUUAUAUGAAAAAAUUAGGGAGAAUACGGAAGGAUAUCCAUGGUGCUAUUUACGAGUCUGAAACUUCGUGGGAGAGAGUCGAUUACGAACAAGAACAUAUAUACAUUUGUGACGUGUUAUCAUGAGCAGGUCAGCUGUAUUGCCUGUACUUUGUGCUGUGAACUUAGAUAACCUCCCACAUGGAGGUUUAAAGACCUCCCACUACUUUCUUCAACUAUAGUAGGAGUUUAUAUAACAUUAAAAUCUCCCGCUAGAGUAUUCACAGUGAAUCGGAGAGUGCAUCAGUGAAUUUUAGCUCCGAUUCGUAGUUGCGUGCAAUUUAUUCUCAAUUGUUGUAACAUUACAAGAAGAACCAGCGAUUCUAUCUUGGACAGAAUUUACGCAUCCAUAGAGAGGAAGAGGUCGCCCUAGUCACCGUAUACCGUUCGCUGCGGAUAAUUUGAAUACUUUCCAAACUGUCAGCACACGGAGGAAUGCAAAAGGACUGCCGAGACUGUUUAGGUAUCCGAUACCGUAUUAACUCCCUGGAUCAAACGUGGAAGUGGUUGCAUCAAACAAUUGCCCUUCACGAUUACCUAAUUUCUAUAACAGCUAUUCAAUCUAACUUUUCGAGAUUUUGUCAGUAA